AUGUCUUCUGAUGAGAUGAUUUCAGAACUUCACCGCCGACUUUUUGAAGAGGGACUAAAGGUUCGAAAGGAAGUCCUCGGUACCGAGUAUGUGGAGAAGGCAUUGGAGCAGUUAACGCCAUUUACUCGGCCGAGCCAAGAGCUCAUCACGGAAUCAGCCUGGGGCAAUAUUUGGCAGCGGCCCGGGCUUGACCGUAAGCAACGUAGCCUGUUCACACUAGGAUUGCUCAUCGGUCAGGGUGCCUGGCAUGAACUUGCCUUGCACACUCGCGGCGCGAUCAACAAUGGUGUGACUGAGUUGGAAAUCAGAGAGGCCGUUUUGCAUGCUAUCAUCUAUUGUGGUACUCCAUCUGGCAUCCAAGCUAUGCAAGUUGCGCAGAAAACCAUCGAUGGCAUGGUCGAGAAGGGAGAAUACAAACGUCCAGAGAAUGCUUUGUGA